AUGCUAUUUGUCCUCAUGCAGGUGUCACACGGUAGAACGUCGGAAGCAGCAGAUUGCAUACUUUGCAUAGUUGGUACCGGGACACCUCCCAAGUACAAGUUUGGUUAUGAUGUGAAGAGCCAUCACACUGGUGAUCAUAAGAAACACCACGAGCACCGCCAUGGUGAUCAAGUCAAAGGAGAAUAUGCCUUGCACGAACCUGAUGGUGGUGCCAGGCAUGUCCACUAUCAUGCUGACAAGCAUUCUGGUUUCCACGCAGACGUGAAGCACAGUAUCCACCAUAUAGUGCCGAAGAAGCAUCAUCAUUAA